UAUCUAACACAACACUCUCCCAAUAAAACACACUAGUUUCUCUUUUGGAAACUCACCAACAAAUAAAACAACACUCUCUUGUUUUUGUUCCCACUCACUCCCUCCCUCCUCCCAAUCUCAUCUAUACCAUUUCCAAUUUGUCUCAAUAAGGAUAAACAACAUGCUUCCUUCCAUGGAAGCAUCUCAAUUGAACUAAAGAUCUCAUUUACAUCUAACACAACAUGUCUCACACUUUCCUCAUGGAUACCUUGUACUGCUCCGAAGAACAUUGGGAGGAACAAGAUGAGUUAGAACACGAGUACGAUAAUGUUUCCUUAAACAACACAAUAACAAACUCUACUCAAUCUUCGUUCCUAGAAACCGACAUGUUUUGGGACGAUGAAGAACUCAAAUCACUUCUCUCCAAAGAACAACAAAACCCUCUUCAUAUCUUCCUCCAAACCAACCCUGUGUUGGAAAGUGCCCGUAGAGAAUCCAUUGACUGGAUUCUGAAAGUGAGUUCUCAUUACUCGUUCUCACCUCUCACCGCUGUUCUUGCUGUCAACUACCUCGAUAGGUUUCUGUUUAGCUUCCGGUUUCAGAAUGAGAAGCCAUGGAUGACUCAGCUUUCUGCUGUUGCUUGUCUCUCUCUUGCUGCUAAAGUUGAAGAAACCCAAGUUCCUCUUUUACUAGAUCUUCAAGUUGAGGAAAGUAGAUACUUGUUUGAAGCAAAGACGAUAAAAAAGAUGGAGAUUUUGGUUCUUUCAACACUUGGGUGGAAGAUGAAUCCUGCAACACCUCUUUCUUUUAUUGAUUAUAUGAUAAGAAGACUUGGAUUGAAAGAUUGUCUUUGUUGGGAGUUUCUUCAUAGAUGUGAAGAUGUUGUUCUCUCUGUCAUUAGAUCAGAUUCAAAGUUCAUGAGUUAUCUACCUUCUGUUUUGGCAACUGCUACAAUGAUUCAUGUUUUCGACAGUGUUGAGGCUAGUUUAGGAGAUGAAUACAAAAACCAGCUUCUUAGUAUUGUUGGAAUCAACAAAGAAAAAGUGGAUGAAUGUGGGAAGCUGAUGAUGAAACAUUGGUUUGAAUAUGGAGAAGAGAAUGGGAAUCAAUUCAAUAAACGAAAGUUUGGGUCAAUUCCAAGUAGUCCAAAUGGUGUAAUGGAUGUGUCAUUUAGCUGUGAAAAUUCCAAUGAUUCAUGGGUUACAGCAGCAACAGUUUCAGUAUCAUCUUCACCAGAGCCUUUGUCAAAGAGGAUCAAAAUUAAGAACAGUUUCAAUUAAACUAUUCAUAGUUAAUUAAUUUCAACUUUCUGAUUUCAUAAUGCAAAGAAAAAAAAAAAGAAAAAUAGUCUUUUUUAUUAUGAA